CCGGACCGAGCGGCGCAUUCCCGGGGAGCCGCCAGCGGGGCCCUCCGGCCUGCCAGCAAAGAGCGGAGGGGCGGGAAAUUCCCCCUCCCCCAGCCCUGGCCUUCAAGGCGCAGGCCGGAGAUGCUGCCCGAACCGCGCCAGCGAGGGACGCCCAGCCUCCGGGACUUAAGCGGGCUAGCCGCGGUUCUCAUCGCCGGAGGCUUCUGCCGCCCUGAGGAAACCAGCCGGGCUCCGCGGAGAGAUUCGCCCAGCGCGAGUCCACCUGAGCAGCUGCUUCGAAUGGCCAGAAGCCUUGGCGGGGAAGGCUGCUUUGGGGGGCCUGGCCCCAGGUCCCGAGGCCCUUUAGCCCCCUCCAGAACUCCGCGCUCCUCCCUGCUCUUGGUAAAAGGACGGGGGAAUUUGGAAAGAAGGGAAGAUAGCAGCAGCCAAGACCACAGUAAUGGAGAAUAACUCACCCACACCGCCUAGUAUGCCAGUUUGGCGCUAAUCAACCAUCGAUUUUGGUGGACCCUUCAGAUCUAAGUGUCAGAUUCCAACAAGGCGCAAACGGUUUGCCCAGCACCCCAAGCCAAGUUUGGGUAAACUAUGCAUCAAUGUGCCUUGCUUUGUAACCAAGAUUGAAGCUGCCUGAUCAGAACCUGGUUGGUGGCAUUUUGAAUUUUGCACAGACACAUCCUGUAACCUAUUUAUAUUUCUUUAUAAGAUUAUCAACUGCCUGCAUUCUGAAAGUCUUCCUUAUAAAGUCCAGUUUGGACAACAGUGGCAGAGAUGCAGCAGACAGCUGGGGAAGAAGAUGUCAUCAUACACCCUGCCCGGUUUCAGAAUGGAGAUACCUUCCCACCAGUCCCACCUCCUGCAGCAGUUAAAUGAGCAGCGCCAGCAGGAUCUGUUCUGCGACUGCAGCAUCCUGGUGGAGGGGAAGGUCUUCAAAGCCCACCGCAAUGUGCUCUUCGCCAGCAGCGGCUACUUCAAAAUGCUCCUCUCCCAGUGCUCCAAGGAGGCCGGCCAGCCUACCACCGCCACGUUCCAGGCCUUUUCCCCAGAAACCUUUUCGGUGAUUUUGGAUUUUGUGUAUUCAGGCAAACUCUCCCUCACCGGCCAGAAUGUGAUCGAGGUCAUGUCGGCCGCCAGCUUCCUGCAGAUGACCGAUGUCAUCAGCGUCUGCAAGACUUUCAUCAAGUCAUCCCUGGACAUCAGUGAGAAGGAGAAGGACCGCUAUUUCAGCCUCUCGGACAAGGAAGUCAGCUCCAAUGGCGUGGAGCGCUUGUGCUUGUACAGUGCUGGCUGGAGAGCGGAGUCCAGCCCCCCCCACUCCCACCUGAGCCCCGACCGAGGGACGUGUGUGAUCAACAGCAACUCUUGGACCAAUUUCAGCUACUACCCGUCCGCCCCAAGAGCCGCCCAGCCUCUCUCCAAACACGACCAGAGACAGGAGUCCCUGAAGAAAAGCAGGCAUUUGGGGCUGGCCCAGCCUGCGGACGGGCCCCCCUUCAAAGUGAACAAGCUGGAAGAGCGGGCUGCUGAGCAGGCGAGCCACGCUCCUCCUUCUGAAGAGGAGCUCCAGGUGGACUCGGAAGGGGAUUCCUGUCCUGCCGGCUACCAGUACGGGCAGGGCUCGGAUGCAGUCGCAAGAGGGCUGGCUGUGCCUCAGCAUGAGCACGAAUUGCCCCAUUCUGCCAGCAAGUCCAAGUCUUCCAAAGCCGAAGAGCAGUACCCCAGCAUGCCCGCUGUCUUGGGGGUCAUGGGGAAUUGGGCUGAGGAUGACUUGCCACGGAUGAGGUUCAAAUGCCCCUUCUGCACCCACGUGGUGAAACGGAAAGCAGAUCUGAAGCGACACCUUCGCUGUCACACAGGAGAGCGGCCGUACCCAUGCGAAGCCUGCGGGAAAAGAUUCAGUCGGCUGGAUCACUUGAGCAGCCAUUUUCGGACGAUCCAUCAAGCUUGCAAACCCAUCUGCAGAAAAUGCAAACGUCAUGUCACCGAAAUGACAGGCCAGGUGGUCCAGGAAGGGACAAGACGCUACAGACUUUGCAACGAGUGCCUCUCUGAAGCUGGGAUCGACAGCAUCCGCAUUGAUUUGGACACAGAACCGCCCCCAGAGUUUCCUCUAGAAGAGGACAAAGAUUCCAACUGGAAUUACAGCGAAGACAAUAGAUCCGAUGUGGAGAUUGUAGAGGAUGGCUCAUCUGAUCUGGUUAUCCAGCAAGUGGAUGACAGUGAUGAUGAAGCCGAGGAAAAAGAUGUAAAGCCCAAUAUCAGCAGGCCUUGCACCUGGUAGAACAAUUACACUUUUCAAAUCCAGCACCUGAGCACACAUGUGGUAGUGCAGCUUUUCCUCAUGAUGCUUGUGUUCACACAUGUUCACUUCCUUGACUUUAUGAAAAUGUUACACUGCACCAACAUGCUGGCUUGUGAGAGGUAAUGUAUUUUCUCAUUUAGCCCAACACUGUUUGGUGACACAAGUCAUUACGAUUACUUCUCCUGAGUUUUUGUGGUUUCCUUUCUCCAGUUGUGCUUUUUGUUUUUCUUUUUUCUCUCUCUCUCUCUUAUUGAAGCAAUUAAAUAGAAAAAAACCAGGUGGCCAAUAGAUGAAAGCAAAGAGAUACUAUAAAGUUUAGCUCCAUCUUGCCAGUGAUCGACAGUGGUGUUCAAAGUUUGUGAAUCCUUUGAAUGUUCAAUAUUUCUGCAUAAUAGAUUUAAAAUGAGAUCUGUUCUCGACACAAGUCCUAAAACUAAAAAAAGAGAAUUAAACAAAUCCGUCAAAAGCAUUAUACUUGUUCACUGAGGAAAAUGAUCUAAAGCCACCUAUUUGUGUGUGGCAAAAGUACAUGAAGCCUCGGGCAGGGUCUCCCAACCUUGACAACUUUAAGUUGUGGACAUCAACUCCCAGAAUUUGCUCCCAGAGCAUGGUUGGGAAACCCUGCCCAGCUCAUCUGAAGGGGAAAUCAGAGUUGGGUAUUUCAAUCAGUGGGAAGAGGAUCAGGUGUGAGGUCCAUCUAACUCAGUGCCUUCCGCCGUGCCCUUAAAACCCACUUUUUCCAGCAAGCCGGGCUGGCUUAAGAAGAAAUUUUUAAAUGUUUUAAUUGGUUUGUGAUUUUUAAUUUUGGGGCCAAAUUUAUAUAUAUUUUAAUUGUUUUUUAAUAUUUGUAUUUCAUGUUCUUAAUUCUGGCUGUACACCGCCCUGAGUCCUCAGGGAGAAGGGCGGUAUAUAAAUUGGAAAUAAAUAAAAAUUAAUAAAAAGAACAGAAUUUAUUAAAUACAUUUAAGCAAAUUUACUUAUUCAAUUUAUAUGCUGUUGCAGUGACUC